AUGGAAUGGAGGAAAUAUUAUAUGGAUGUGAUGCUUGUACCAUUAGGAUUUCUUAUGACCAUUGGUUAUCAUGUUUGGUUAUGGUAUAAGGUUCGAACACAGCCUUCUUCCACCAUAAUCGGAAUCAAUACUCAUGGAGGACGCUUCUGGGUCCCUGCCAUCUUGAAGGACAUUGAAAAGAAGAACAUGCUUGCAGUUCAAUCUCUUCGUAAUAUGAUAAUGGGAUCAACACUUAUGGCCACUACGUCUAUUCUCCUCUCAGCUGGCUUAGGAGCGGUCAUAAGCAGCACUUACAGUGUAAAACAGCCUCUGAAUGAUGCUGUCUAUGGAGCUCACGGAGAAUUUAUGUUAGCACUUAAAUAUGUGACAAUCCUAACUAUAUUCUUAAUCUCAUUUUUCUGUCACACUCUGUCGAUUAGGUCUCUCAACCAGCUGAGCAUCCUCAUUUGCACACCACAAGAUGUCAUGUCCAUGAUUACCCCCGAAUAUUUGACUGAGCUUUUGGAGAAGGGGAUUAUUUUGAACACUGUUGGCAACAGGCUUUUCUACUCAGCACUUCCUCUAUUGCUUUGGAUCUUUGGGCCUGUGUUGGCUUUCUUGGGUUCUAUCGCUAUGUUACCAGUGCUUUACAACAUAGACUUUGUUUGGGGAAAUGGGAAGGGAAAGAUCGUGAAGAGUGACAAAGGGAACGAUUAUGUUUGA